CACGGGUGGACUUCUCUUCCCACAAUGCAAUGAAGUUCUUUCUGCUUCUUCCCACCUUCUUUUCAUUGACCCUUUUCGGAGUUUCCCACCCACCCCCUGCAUCUUCUCUCUUUUUCUAUCUGGCUGACAAAUAUUUCUGGCCCUUUAAGGAGGCCCCUUUAAUUCCUUUCUUUUGGCUUGCCUUUCCUUUUUUUUUGGGCGAUUUGGGGCCGUCCCCUCUCCUCCAAGAGAGGGGGAACCGCGAUCCAGUGCCUGUUUUCUUCAACCCUGACCCCUCAGCCUCUUCUAUUCUUCCUCUCCGUGUGAAAGUCGGCCACCUCGCAAGAGCCAAAAUGGCGUCUGGCGUGGAGCUCCUUCGCUUUCAGCUGCCUGGGCACGAGGCCGCUACCCUACGUAACAUGAACCAGCUGCGCUUUGAGGAGCGUUUUUGUGACGUCACCAUCGUGGCGGACAGCCUCAAGUUCCGUGGCCACAAGGUCAUCUUGGCAGCCUGCUCCCCGUUCCUGAGAGAUCAAUUCCUGCUCAACCCUUCUUCCGAGCUCCAAGUUUCCCUCAUGCACAGCGCCAAAAUUGUAGCUGAUCUUCUUCUCUCUUGCUACACUGGAGCACUCGAGUUUGCUGUCAGGGACAUUGUGAACUAUCUGACGGCUGCCAGCUACCUCCAGAUGGAGCACGUGGUGGAGAAAUGUCGAAAUGCCCUGUCCCAGUUCAUCGAACCCAAGAUCAACCUCAAGGAAGAAACGUCCAAAUUUGGAGGCUACCGGAAAUUCAAGUCUUCCAGUGUUGUGGGUUGCUCUACCUCAUCCAAUAAAGUGCACUCACGCAAGAGGUCCAUUCAGCGGCCCGUUAAGCUGGAAUUCCCAUUGGAAGAAGAGUUGGAGAUGAAGGCCGAAGAGGAGGAAGAGGAGCAGGAGGAGGAUUUUGGGUAUGAAGAUUCCGUCUCUGACAUCUGCAUCGUGAAGAUUGAAUCGGCCAUGGAAGUGGCCCAGCGGCAGAAGAAACAGCAACAGCAGCAGCAACAGCAGCAGAUGGGCACCGGCUGGAGCAAAGACACAUCACCUCAGCAAAGUUGGAACAAGGAAAGCUCACCACAAGAAGCCUGGGACAAAGAAUUAUCUCCUCUGCCAGGGUGGAACAAAGCCGAAUCCGGAGAUCAGGAAGAACCUCAAGUCAACUCUACGGUGGCAGAAGCCAUUGAGUCUUCUCCAGAAUCUACACCAGAGAAAGCUCAGCAUGGUGUGGUCAAGGCCUCCUAUAGCCUCUCUGAGGAUGACGUAGGUAAAGGCCUCCUGAUCAUCCCUGGGGGAGGCUACUUGGAGGAGACUAGCGAGGCGGCAGCCGUUGCGGCCGAGUGCCAGAGCAGCAGCGGUGGGAUGGGACUGGUCCUGGCGGGACUGAGCGGUCGUCCUUUCUCCACCUUUCCUGUGGUUGGGAGAGGGGGCAGUUCAGGAACCCUCGGGGGAGGUAGCGGGAUCUCUAGGAUCAUCUGUUGUACCAAGUGUGAGGAAGUCUUCCAAGGGGUGGAGAAGCUUGUCUUCCACAUGCGGGCCCAUCACUUCAUUUUCAUGUGCCCUCGGUGCGGCAAGCAGUUCAACCACAGCAGCAACCUCAACCGGCAUAUGAAUGUUCAUCGCGGGGUGAAAUCUCACUCCUGCACCAUCUGCGGGAAGUGCUUCACCCAGAAGUCCACGCUGCACGAUCACAUGAACCUCCACAGUGGCGAGAGGCCCUACCGUUGCUCAUACUGCGACGUGCGCUUUGCCCACAAGCCCGCCAUUCGCCGCCACCUCAAGGAACAGCACGGCAAGACCACGGCGGAGAACGUCAUGGAGGCCAGUGUGACCGAGAUCAACGUCCUCAUACGUUGAAGGAGGAGGAAGUCGGGUAGCGGUGGGAAGUGGAAAAGGGGGAACUCCUGAGCUCUUGAGGGAGGGUACGUGGGCUGUAGGGAUUAGUUGUAGGGGUAACGAGCCAGGAUCCCUGAGUUUUGUGGGAUAGGAUUAGUGCUAGUGUGGUAGAGGGUGGAAGCCCUGGAUUCUUUGGAUGGGUGUGGGAAGGGCCUAGUGGAUUAGCAGAGUAGACAGUACAUGACAUGAAGCUCCUGGAUAGUCUGGGAAGUGAAAGGGAUCUAAUUAGUUCGAAUAGAAGGCGGUAGGAGAUGGAUUCCUGGGAUCUGUCCUCAUCCAACACCCCAGAAGACAAGCUCAGGAUCCAAAAAGAUCUUGACAGACUUGAACAAUGGGCCCUAUCCAACAACAUGACAUUUAAUGUGGAGAAGAGCAAGGUUUUACAUCUGGGCAGGAAAAACCAAAGGUACAAGUAAGUACAGAUUAGGCAAAACCUGGCUCAAAAACCAUAACUGAGAGGGACCUCAGAGUCCUAGUGGACGAUCGCUUAAAACAUGAGCCAGCAGUGUGCGGCAGCAGCCAAAAAAGCUUAUACAAUCCUUGGUUGUAUAAACAGAGGUGUAGAUUCAAAAUCUUGUGAAGUAUUAGUACCACUUUGUAAAGCCUUAGCAAGGCGACACCUGGAAAUACCGCAUCCAGUUUUGGUCAUCGCGUUACAAAAAAGACGUUGAGGCUUUGCAAAAAGUGCAAAGAAGAGCAACUAAGAUGAUUAAAGGCCUGGUGAGACUAAAACAAUGAAGAACGGUUGCAGGAUAUGGCCAGUCUAGAGAAAAUAAGAACUAGGUGUGACAUGAUAGCAGUAUUCCAGUAUUGGGGGGCUGCCACAAAGAGGAGGGGGGUCAACUUAUUUUCCAAAGCACCAGAGGGCAGGACAAGAAACAAUGGAUGGAAACUAAUCAAGGAGAGAAACAGCCUGGAAUUAAGGAGGAACUUCCUAACUGUGAGGACAAUUGAACAGUGGAACAGCUUGACUUCAGAAAUUGUGGGUGCUUCAUCACUGGGAUUUUUUAAAAAGAGACUGGACAGUCACUUGUCUGAAAUGGUAUACGGUCUCCUGCUUGAGGAAGGGAGCUGUACUCUAAGGUCUCUUGCAGCUCUAUUCUGAUUGAAAUCCCUCACAGGAGCCAUAUGGCCCUUUAUAUAUAUAUAAAAAAUAUGGCUACCUCUUUUACAGCCCAAUCCUAUCCAGAGUUUGUUCAGACAUCCUAUGACAGUGGACAGAGCUGUCGUCCAAGUAGGAAUGAUAUUGGGAUUGUGGCUAUGGGUUCAGAGAGGAGAAAUCUCACUUGAGAUACCUCCUUCCUUCCCUAGUGAGAUGGAUGAGACCUGGAACUAUCUCAGCCAAAGAAACGGGGGGGUCAAAAAACCUUAAGCAGUAUGGCAUAGAGGAGAUUGAUCUCCCACCAACGUUCAGAUACAGUUGGUACAUGCUGCCAGCCAUCUGUGGCCUUGGACCUUCUCUCCGAUCUUCUUGUCAUCACUCAGCCGCACAGAUGAGGCUUUAGGUUAUCUGAAGCCUUUCGAGAACCUGAAAACGGUGGAAGGAGAAGUUGGCAGCCACCUAAACUUCACGGGUGACAUUUGCUGAGUUCGACAUCGUUUGGAUGUCCAAGAAAGUCUCUACUGUGGCGUUUGAUGGGAACAGCUGCCUAGUGCAAUUUUAUCCAGGUAUUUUAAAAAAGGCAAUAAUUCUACAGGAAACGGCAGAGGAGCGAGGGAUCUGCUGGAGGAGGUAGUAGGCCCGGUUCUCGGCAGCUCCUCCAUAAUUGUACCGCAGAAAUACAGCAAUUCAUCCACCUGAGACAUUUGGGAAGAACAGCCAACAUGAAGGAAGUUUUUUGACCACAUGGCUGUGAAUACAAGCAUGGUGUUCAAGAUGGAGACCAGGCCUUGGUAGGUUUUGAUGGCCCUUUCUGCUGACCCAACAGAGGCAAAACAAAGAGAAGGCUCUGGGUAACUUGCUGUUGUCACAUAAUUUGGUUUUUGUAGACCCGGGGCAUUGAUGAGCAUGGUGGGAACAGAUGUUCUGGAGAAAGUAGAGCGUUGUCUUCAAAAAUGGCAAGCACAGUAUCAUUUCUCCCCCUCCCCACUUUUAUUAAGAAGAAUCAGUAAUGGUACAGGUAGUCCUUGACUUAUGAUCAGAGAUGAGGCCAAAAUUUCUGUGAGACAUUUGUUAAGUGAGUUUUGCCCCAUUAUAUGACCUUUCUUGCCACCGUUGUUAAGUGAAUCACUGCAGUUGAUAAGUCAGUAGCAGGAGUGUUACGUGAAUGUGGCUUCCCCGUUUUUUUUUAGACUUUAUACCGCUUCAUAGUGCUUUACAGCCUUCUCUAAGUGGUUUACAAAGUUAGCAUAUAUCAUAUUGCAUAUUAGCAUAUUGCCACCAACAAUCUGGGUCCUCAUUUUACCCACCUCAGAAGGAUGGAAGGCUGAGUCAACCUUGAGCCGGUGAGAUCUGAUCUGCUGAACUAGCAGUCAGCUGAAGUAGCUGCAGUACUGCACUCUAAUCACUGCGCCACCUCGGCCCAUUGACUUGGCUUGGUCAGAAGGUCACAGAAGUUGAUCACGUGUGACCUUGGGGCACAGCAGUGGUCAUAAAUAUGAAUUAGUUGCCAAGCGUCUGAAUUUUGAUCACAUGACCAUCGGGAUGCUACAAAGAUCAUAAGUGUGAAAAACAGUCAUAAGUCGCUUUUUUCAGUGCCAUUGUAACUUUGGUCACUAAAUGGAGCCUGAGUGGUGUAGGAGGCUAAUGCCUCCUAAGGCAGCAUUUAACAUCCAACUGCCUGCAAUUACUGCAAGUUCAAUUCUCCCCAGGCUCAAGGUCGACUCAGCCUUCCAUCCUUUCUAAGGUAGGUAAAUUGAGGACCCAGUUUGUGGGGGCAAUAAGCUGACUUUGUAUAAAUAUACAAAAGUAUGAAGGCUAUUGCUUAACACAUUGUAAGCCGCCCUGAGUCUCCGGAGAAGGGCGGCAUAUAAAUCAAUUUUUUUAAAAAAAUGAAUUGUAAGUCAAGGAUUACCUGUACAGGAAGAAAACCAAAAAACAGAUCUUGGGUUCAGUGCUGUUCAUACAUUACAAACCACUAUUUAAUAGGAUAGUGACUACAUACCAUUAUAGAGAAAGAAGUUGUUUUUAACUGUCUAGAAACCUCAAGCAGAUUUGAUCAGAUGGUUUAAGGAUGUUCUUCCCUCUUUGUCAAGAACUAAUUCAGAUGUCGCUAAAGAGUAGUAAAAUAAGGCCUUGAUCUUGAUCCCAAGUGAUUUCAUUAUCAUAUCCAUGUCUUUUUUUUUCUUGGCGACAGCCUGGAACUUGCUUCUUGUUGCCUUCUUUCAGGAUGUUUUUUUCAAUUCUUUAAAAAAAAAAAAAAAAUCUAGUCCUAGAAUUUUUCUAGUGGUCCCAUUCAAGUACUAAACUGGCCUUGCUUUCUAAAAUCAGCUGAGGUUUCUUUUCAGAGCAGGGAACUUAAAAACAUCCACUGCUGUAGAUUUGGCAUAGAUUUAUCCUUUCAAGUGUUGCAUAAUAAUUAUUUGGCUACUUUCCCAUUCAUGAAAUGGCCAUAAAUCUUCAUGGUUCUAUUCACAACUCGCUAAGCCUACCAUUCCUAUAAUUUAUGACUCCGACAGAAAGUUUGGGGAGCAUCCUUACAGAGACAUGCUUAAAAGUAAUCAAGAUGCCAAUCUUUGAAAAGAUGGAUUUUUGCUGUCUGUAGAAAUGGGGAAAGUCGAUGAAACGGGGGCUGUAGGAUAAGAAAUGUUGCAAGUACAGAAUCUUAAGGUUCGUUUGUUGGAAAUGGCAGUUAAUGGCUUUUGGGGUGCUACCCAUGCACUUUUAUCAAUUAAUCUUGAGGGCUAGGAAAAAUUUUUUUAAAAACAACCCAACUGGGAAUUGAAUUGUUCUGGAUUGCUGUAUUGUAUAUUCAGUAGUGAAAAGGGCGGCCUGCAUUGUAUCUCAUCAUGCUGGAAUGACUGCCACAAGUGUGGCAACGGGGGAUAUUUUGAGAUGACAAAAGACUUUGAUCCCAUGGACCCUAACUAGUUUUUUUUUUCCCCCAUUUUAUUUUGUUCUUAAAAAAAAUAAAUAAAACCAACCUUAAUACUGGU